CGCAAUAAUCACCUGGUAUAAUGAUCAGAACAACAAACAAUUUGAUAUGAAAUCACGACAAAAUAAGAUCUUUCGUCCUCUACACAUCAAUUGCCAAGAAUCGAAGAGAAAGCGUCUGUGAUGCCGUAUGACCGCAGAUCCUGAAACCACUCAAAAGGACAAGAUCGUCCGAUACUACUCCUACGACUGACAUAGCUUCUUCCCUCCCCCCUCAUCACCAUGACCGUCUUCUCCCUAAUCAUCAUCAACAAAGCCGGAGGUCUAAUCUACCAGCGCGAAUUCCAACCGGGCCUCCGCAAGCUCUCGACAAACGACUACCUCGUUCUCGCCGGAACCUUUCACGGCGUCCACGCCAUCACCCGCACCAUCACCCCGAAACUCCCCCUCCUCGCUCCAACCGCAAUAUCCUCCACCCCGACCAGCGCGUCCUCCAACCUCGCCUCCCCCUCGGGCACCUCCACCCCGAUGACGACGACGACAACAGCGGCAGCGACAACACCAUCCGUCUCCGCAACCUCAUACACGUACCCGAUCCCCGGCGUGCCCGCGACGGGGCUAGAGUCCCUCGAGACGGACAAGUUCCGGCUGACGUGCUUCCAGACGCUGACGGGCACCAAGUUCCUCCUCUUCACGGACCCGCACAUGGCCAACAUCGAGGUGGUGAUGAAGAAGAUCUACGAGUUCUACGCCGACUUCGUCAUGAAGAACCCGUUCUACCAGUUGGAGAUGCCGGUGCGGUGCGAGGCGUUUGAUCGGAAUCUGAAUGGGUGGUUGCGCGGGCGGACGUGAGGAUUUCUGAUUCAAUAGAAAUCAUUCUUGCCUUUGUUGUCAUAACAAGGGAAGAGGAAAAAUGAUUGGCCUCCUGUUGGGCGUGAUUCAAAGUCGAUUUUCGCCGACGGAAACUUUUAAUGAUUGCACUGGUGUAUCGUGUUCCUUUUACUUUUCUUCUUUCGUGGGAGGCGUUCGUCCAUCAAUUCCGUUUUUUUUUCUUUCUUUCUUUAUAUAUGCGUCGCGGUUCUCUCCGGC